AUGCCUCUUCUCGAGUGGGCCAUGGCUAGGACAUGGUUGCUGCUUUUCCUGGCUCUCAGAGGUCAGACUCUGCCCACAGGCACGGCCGCCAUCCCCUUUCCUUCUCUGGCUCCACCCAUCACUCUGCUGGUGGACGGGAGGCAGCAGACGCUGGUGGUCUGCCUGGUCCUCGAUGCGGCACCCCCUGGCCUGGACAGCCCCAUCUGGUUCUCAGCGGGCAACGGCAGUGCACUGGACGCCUUCACCUACGGGCCCUCCCCAGCACCGGACGGCACCUGGACUAGCCUGGCUCAGCUUGCCUUGCCUUCUGAAGAACUGGAAGCCUGGGGGUCCUUGGUCUGCCACGCCAGGCCUGGGGCUGGGGGCCAGGGCCGGAGCACGCUCCCCCUCCAGCUGUCAGGUGGGGAUGCAGCCUGGGCCAGGCGGUGGUGGCUCAUGCCUUUACUCGGGAGGCAGAGGCAGUUCCUGCAGCUGAGCGCCCUGCGACUGCUUCUCUUCAAGCUGCUUCUGUCCGAUGUGCUUCUGACCUGCAGCCGCCUCUGUGUGCUGGCUGGCCAGCACCCACUGCCGUCACCCCCACGCGGGUCCCUGCGUCCCACCCACCGCAUCUGGACAUCGUAAUGAGAGACACAAGCCUUGGUCUU